UGUCGUGAGAUAACCAUCAAAACAAAUGUCUUGUUUCUCAAAUACAUUAUAGUUUACAAUGUAAUUGGAAGAUGCUUCUCGAAACCUAACAUUCCUACUGUCAAACCUAUACACCCUCCAUAGUUCGUUAGUACAGGGUGCAAAAGGUAAAUAAAACAAGCAAAUGGUGGCACCAGCUGGCAAUCUCCAAAACAACGCAAAUUCUGACGAAGAUGAGGGCGUGCGGUCGGCGCCCACUUCCAUGCUGGUGCUGGACGCCAAGCGGAAGAGCGCCUUCCUGCCGUACCGCCCCCAGUCCACCGUGCUGACCAACCUGCAGCGCGGCAACACGGAGGCCACGUUCUGUCCCGUCGAGGUUUCACUCUCCUUCCACGAACGCGCUGGCCAGGGCGAGAUCACCGAGGAGCAGGUGACAGCGGAACGGGCACGCACCCAGGACAUUGACCACAAGGAUAGUCAUGGAUUUACGGCCCUGCAUUGGGCAGCGUCCUAUGGACAGCUGGUUUCAGUGCAGCUGCUCGUCGCUGCAGGCGCUAAUGUGAACACCAUGGCCCCUGAUCUGGUCAGUCCUCUGCUUCUCGCCUCGGCCGGCGGCCACAACGAGAUCGUCCGUUUCCUGCUGGAUCAUGGCGCGGAUUCGGGUCACAUGGACAUCGUUGGGAGCACGGCGCUCAUGUACGCAGCUGCCGGAAAUCAUCCGCACACCUGCAACGAGCUGCUGGCCAGGGACCUGGAUCUGAGUGCCACCAACGAGGACGGGGACACGGCCUACUCCCUGGCCGUGGAUCAUGGCGCUCACCUGGCCCAGGCACUCUUGGAGCAGUAUAUGACGGCCAUCAUUACGGCGGGUGCCUUCGGUAGCAUUUAAUUGGGUAGAUUUAAGGUUGUCAUUGGAUGUUUUUGAAUGUUUGCAAUACCAUUUAUGGUUUAAGCAAAUCUAUCAUUUUUGAACUGCUUGCUUCUAUAAAACCUAAAUGUUUUAGCUUAAAUUUUUACUUGAAAUGAUGUUAAGAAUAUAUUAAAUCCUAAGAAUACAUACCCACGUGACAUUUUAAAAGUCCUUCUUUCUAAAACACA